AUGACGAACGAUGAUGAUGACGAUAAUGAUCAUGACGAUGAUGAUGAUUACGUGGAUGAUGAUGACAAGGAUGAUGAUGAUGACGGUGAUGGUAACGGUGACGGUGAUGGUGAUGAUGAUGGUGAUGAUGAUGAUGAUGAUGAUAACGGUGAUGGUGAUGAUAACGGUGACAAUGAUGAUGACGGUGACGGUGAUGGUGACGGUAGGGGUGAUGAUGACGGUGAGGGUGAUGGUGAUGAUGAUGAUGAUGAUGAUGAUGAUGAUGAUGAUAACGACGAUGAUGAUAAAGAUGAUGGUGACGACGACGAUGAUGAUGAUGGUAAUGAUGAUAAUGACGAUGGUGAUGAUGGUGCUGAUGGUGACGGUAACGUUGUUAAUGAUGGUGAUGGUGACAGUGACGAUGAUGAUGAUGAUGACGAUGCACAUGAUGAUGAUGAUGAGGAUGGUGCUGACGAUGAAGAUAACGAUGAUGAUGAUUAUGGUGAUAACGAUGAAGGUGACGAUGACGAUGAUGAUGAUGAUUAUUAUUGUGAUGACGAAGAAGAUAACGAUGAUGAUGAUGGUGGUAAUGGUGAUAACGAUGAAGGAGGGAAGGAUGGUCGAGAUGAGUUCGGGCGUCCUUGGCAGCUACGUGGCAUCAUCUCUUGUCUCAAGGACGAACACGCAGGUCUGCUCUUGACAAAAAGUACUGCGCAAGAGCAUAACGAGACAGGGGGGAAGACGUUGCCAAGGCUGUACGCCUGUUUUCGCGUGGAGAAGGGGUCGCAUGGGCAUUACGAGGGAAGGGAGAUGAGAGGGGGAGUUAUGCGUGAGGGAUACGCAGGGAUACGAGGGAAGGGAGGAGGAGAGAAAGGGAGAGAGCGUGGGGGGAGACGCUUUGGGUCUGGAAAUCGCGUCUGUUUUCUGGGGGAUUUUUGUUUGUUUCUGAAAAUGGCGUGA